CUUUACUGACUAGACAUAGCUAUGAAAAUAUGUUGUGGCCUGGGCUGCCUGUCCCCUGGAUGGUGAAAAAUGCCAGUUGAGCCACUUUUUCUUCUAUAGCAAACUGUCUUCUCUGUUGGCAAAUUCUCUCAUUUUACAUGAUAAACACCAUCCAGUUUUUAAAAAUUUGUUGAGACAUGGCAAUGCAGACAGACACUGGCAUAUUCACCAGUAAAAAGGAUCUCAUUUUUAUCUGCCUGAGGUUAAAUUAACAUCUGUUGAUUUCUGCCUUUUCACUGUCCUUUUACCCCAGGCAGAAGAAGGUGAACAUGAGGCCUGAGAACCAGAGCAGCACAUCUGAGUUCCUCCUCCUGGGGCUCCCCAUCCGGCCAGAGCAGCAGGGCAUGUUCUUCACCCUAUUCCUGGGCAUGUACCUGACCACGGUGCUGGGGAACCUGCUCAUCAUCCUGCUCAUCAGGCUGGACUCUCGCCUCCACACCCCUAUGUACUUCUUCCUCAGCCACUUGGCCCUCACAGAUGUCUCCUUCUCAUCUGUCACUGUCCCCAAGAUGCUGAUAAACAUGCACUUUCAGGAUCAAUCCAUCCCCUACGCAAGCUGUGUAACACAGAUGUAUUUUUUCAUAUUUUUUACUGAUCUGGACAACUUUCUUCUCACAUCAAUGGCAUAUGAUCGGUAUGUGGCUAUCUGUCACCCACUCCACUAUACCACCAUCAUGAGAGAGGGGGUGUGUAUCUUACUAGUAGCUGUAUCUUGGAUCCUGUCCUGUGCCAAUGCCCUGUCUCACACUCUCCUCUUGGCCCAGCUGUCCUUUUGUGCCGACAAUGCCAUCCCCCAUUUCUUCUGUGACCUUGGUGUCCUGCUCAAGCUCUCCUGCUCAGACACCUCCCUUAAUGAGCUGGUCAUUUUCACAGCAGGUGUGGCAGUCAUUACUAUCCCACUAAUUUGCAUCUUGAUCUCUUAUGGCCACAUUGGGGCCACCAUCUUGAAGGUUCCCUCUACCAGGGGGAUCUGCAAAGCCUUGUCCACGUGUGGCUCCCACCUCUCUGUGGUAUCUUUGUAUUACGGAACAAUCAUUGGGCUGUAUUUUUUCCCUUCAUCCAGCAGUUCCAGUGACAAGAACAUUAUUGCCUCUGUGAUGUACACAGUGGUCACUCCAUUGCUUAACCCUUUCAUUUAUAGCCUAAGGAACAGAGACAUGAAAGGGUCCCUGGAGAAACUCCUCAACAGGCCAAUAGUCUUAUGUCAGUGACAUCUGCUCAUCUUUAUAACAGACAUAGGCUUGGGGAAGCUGUAAAGGAAUCAUACACUCCAUGUUCCUAAUGAACUCUGGACUCAAUAGACACAAACUCUGCUGACUGAGUCUUAAAGAUCCUAGAAACUUCCUCAUUGUGAAUUAUCCAUCCAGGAGAAAGAAAUGGAAAAUCUGAAGAUGCCGGACACUGAUCCAUGCUCUCACAGUUGAGAAUCUACAAGGGGCAGGACACACACACACACACACACACACACACACUUCCCAACACAACAACUAGGCAGAAGUUUCCUGGGUAGAUGAGCUGACUCUCCACCUAAGAUCAGAAGUCACUCUACGAACCAAAGAACAAAUAGAGGAUUAACUAUUCACAGAAACGUCUAAGGCCGUAGUUUUUACAAGGCCAAUAUGGAAUGAGCUCUCACACCAGCUCUCUCUAAAUCCCAGGGGAGCAGAACAGAGUGGCUACUUUCAAGCCCAGAGAACCAGAGCCUGAUUCCUUCCAUCUUCCUUCCUCUGAUGAAAAGUAAAUAUUGGAGAAAUAUGGUACAAUUGUAGGGGUAAAGGCACAGGCUCUGGAGUCAGGCACACCUGCAUUUGAAUGUCAUUUACUAGCUAUCUGAUCUUGAAUACAUCAAAUA